AUGCGGGUCUUCUCUCGCAGCAGGAGAAGAGAUGCCGCACCCGGCUCCUCUACAAGUAAAAGCGCGGCCGUCCGCCAGAGCAUGCAGCAGUCCCAGGCCCAGGCCUUGCUGUCCUACUACUCCCCUGCCGGCAUGCUCGUCGGGCCCUCUCCACCAGCCUCUACAUCUUCUUCUUCUUCCAAGUCCAAGAAAAAGGACUCCAGCAAGGGCAGCGAAGCCGCCUCCGACCGGUACAACAACAUGUUCAUCCAACAUCGCACCCUCGCCGAGGGCACGCGGUCAUCAUUAGCGUCUGAAGGCAGCCGCGCACCUUCCUACGAGGCCUCCUGCCGCUCCGGCACCUCCACCCCGGCCCCGGCCACCGCCCGCGGAUCCGCCGGCCUCACGAUCCCCACCCGCGCCGACGCCGACCCGCUCUCUGUCCGGGUCGCUCUCGUCGGCCUCCUCGCCGCCUCGACUCGCGCCACGCUCACCCUCGCCGCGCUCAACACACAACCCCUGUCCGCCACGCGCGCCCUCGAGGUCCCCGCCCGCGAGCUCAAGUACUUCCGCCUCACGACGCAGCUGCUGCACAAGCACCUCCGCCGCGCCGAGCUGCGACGCCUCGACCGCCCCGCCCGCGCCGCUCUCGUUGACGUCGACCUCGUUGUCGCCCUGCUCACCGCCGCCGCCAUGACCGUGUCGGAGCUCGACGCCCGCCUCGCCGACCUCGAGCGCGAGGCCCGCGGCGACGGCGACAGCAACAGCGCCCCCCUCCUCGUCGACGUGUGCCGCCGCCACGCCCGCGCUCUCGCCAAGGACGCCAACCGCAUCGUCAUGCUCGACUUCGUCAUGACAAAGCUGCUCAGCGUCUUGCAGGUCGAUUCCGAGGCCGAGGCGCUGCGCCACCGCAGCCAGGCGAAGGAGUCCGUUGGCGACAUGCUCCAGUCUGACAUUGCGCUCGCCGCGCGCAUGGCCCACCUGCAGGAUGCCUUUGGCGCCAAGGCUACAGUCCCGCCGGCGCGCCUCGAAGAGAUCGCCAGCCGGCCUCCGCCCGCUUACUCUGUGCCGAGCCCCGACUCACACGACGAGUUGCCUGACUACGAUCAGGCUACCUCCCCCGAUGGGCGCGACGGCUCCGUGACCAUCCAGGCCCAAGCUUGGAGCCCCUUCUCUGGUCUCACGCUUGACGAUCUGCCGUCUGUGCGCCUCAUCCCAGUGCCGCUCAUGCACACCGAGCUGCGUGCGGGAGAGUUCUACCAGGCGGCCUACGUCGACCAAGUGGACGAGGCUCUCGAGCAGCUGGCGGAGGCUAGCGCUCGGAACAAGGCCAAGUCGCUCACGCAGGUGUUGGGUUUCGCUUGA